CUCAGCUAGUGACUGCGUGGGCUGUCUGAACUCUGGUGACUUUGUUCAUUCUCCUACUGCAGCUCAGGAGCAGAGGUGUGAGGAUACAGAGGGGAGAUGAAUCUGUACAGGAGCUUCGGAAACCUCAUGGAGGCUUGGGUAACUGACGGAGGCCAGUCGUUGGACUCAGAAUGGCUUGGAAGUAAUGAUGGAGACCUUCCUACGCCUUCCUCCAACGUGGGGACAAACCUGCGCUCAGAAUCGGUGGACUCUGGAGUGGAGACAGCCAGCUCUGUCAUGUCCUCCCCUGCUACACCCUGCUCUAUCUGGACAGAUAACGCAGAAAUAGACACGUUUUCACCAGAGAGAGAAGGCGACGGACUCACUCCAGCAUCAACAUCUCCUGUCCUUUCUUCACCUUCACCUUCCUCUUCCUCCCUGCAACUCAGUCCCUGCAGAUCUCCGGUGGGCUCCACAGCGUUGCCCUCAAAAGUGGAACAAGCGCUACAGAAGACUGACUCGAAGCGUCAAAAGAACAAACAAGUUCCCCUUACAGUGGACGAGAUGCUCAAGCGACGACCCCGAACACCUUUCUUAUCCAAGCGACAUGCAUCGGAGUUAGUGAGAGGUCAAAGGUCAGAGAGUUUGAACCUUAGGAGGACAGCCUUCCCAUCUCUGCCCAUGAGGCAGUUGUCAGAAACAUGCAUAGAGCCGCCGUCUACAAGUUGUGACAAGCAGCCAGCUCAGGCAAGAUCAGAGGCCUGUGGCGAGGAGGCGGUGACACUGAUGAGUCCUGGCCUCUGCUACCUGGAGCAGGUGUGCCAAAUGUUAGAGGAAAUUGCCAGAAAACAGAUGCGUAGCCGAGCGAUACAGACGGAGAUGGAUGCCCUGCGGGAGCACGAAAACAUGGAGCUGAGCCAGGCUGUCGACACCUGUCAGACACCUGACUUUAAAGCUGCAGCUGAGGAGGAUCUCUCUUCUUAUCAGACACCUGACUUUAAAGCUGCAGCAGAGGAGGAUCUCUCUUCUUAUCAGAGUCUGGAAAACACACAAAUCGCAGAGCAGAGUCCCACUGAACCUCAGCAGCAGAAAGAUUCUUCUUCCAGACACUUUCGUCAGAGAUCGGCUUCAGACACAAACAUUUCAACAAUGCAUUUAAGAAAGUUGAAUGCAAACUGCAGAGGGCAGCAUCUGAGUACAGAUGACCUGCUGGAGAAGGAAGAGGAAGAGCAUGAAAAGCAGGGGUGUGACAAAGAGGAGACGAAUAAAACUAACAGGAACUGGAAGUUACCAUUUGGGUAUUUUACAAGAGACGUGUCUUCACUGAGAGAUACAAAGGGCCAACAGAUGCAGUCAUCUGAGAAAAACUCGGCCCGACGACGGCUGAGCCAGCUGUUCAGGAGGAGGAAAACUGUGCCUGUGUAAAUGGAGCACAGUGUGUGUCUGUCAUUGGACAUUUUUGGUUUCAGCUCUGAAGAGGAGGAAGCUUUCCUUUUAAAGGUCUGAGCACUGCCGCUUCUUUCAAACGGACUACCUAUUCAGACCACGAGAUGUAGCAGUCUGCCAUGUUUAUUUAUUGUCUGCUGUAUGCUUGCCAUUAUUUUUAUACUGAUAAUGUGAUUUUCUAUAAAACUGUGAGGGGGGAAUGACAUUCCUCUGUCACGUCAUAGCACUACAAAGCUCGGCUUUACAAACAUCAAACUUGUAUUUGUAAUAAGCUGCAACUUGGUGAAGAAUGCACUGUACAGUAUGUUACACUAUAAAUGUAAUAUAAUGUAAAUAUAGCUCUCUGAAAUUCGUAUUCACUUUGUCCUGGUGUUCUGUAACAUGAGAGAAACACACUUCAUAUCCAUCACAUGCCUAUGUAUGUCCACAUAUGAAAGAACAAGCUGAUAUGACUGCAUCACAUAAGCUUUCUGAUAGCAUCUUAUUCAUUAUUUAGUCUAUAAAAUGUCAGAAAAUUGCAUGAAAAAUCACAGGUCACAACCUUCCAGAGCCCAAGGUGAAGUCUUUAAAGUGCUUGUUUUGUCCGACCAACAGUUCAAAACUCAAAUAUAAUCACUUUACAGUGAUUGUAAAUGUAGCUGAUCCUCACAUUUGAGAAAGUAGAUCAAGUUGUGUAUUUUUGCUUGACAAAUGACAGACUUUCAGUUGAUUGAUGAAUCAAUUAAUCAACUAAUUGUGUCAGUUUGGAGUAGAUGAAUGCAUAAAUUCAUGGGUUAUAU